AUGUCAUUCAGCGCAACGUGCUUCGUGAAUACCUUUCCAAAAAAUGUCUCUUAUUCAAGGGAGCAGCGUUUCCAGAAACUUGUCAAGAACUGUCCCGCAUCCAGGGCGCCGACGCGGCGGAGAGCUCCUCGCCGGACGUGCCUAGUUGCGAAGGUCGCCCGGCACCGGAUCGCCGUCCUGCCUGGUGACGGCAUCGGGCCAGAGAUUAUGAACGUGACGCUUGAGGUUUUGCGAACGGCCGGGCGGCGCUUUGAUGUCGAGUGGGAGUUUCUCGAGGCACCUAUUGGCGGGGCAGCGAUCGACGCCGCCGGGGACCCGCUCCCAGUAGAGACGCUGUCUCUGUGCCGCCGCGCAGAGGCUGUGCUACUCGCUUGCGUAGGUGGUCCAAAGUGGGAUAAUCUAUCCAGCAAACAGAGGCCCGAAGCUGGCCUGCUGAGGCUGCGAAAAGAGCUAGAAGCGUUUGCAAACCUGCGUCCGGUCAGAACGUUUUCUCAACUGCUUGACGCAUCGCCCUUGAAAAGUGAGCUCGUGGCUGGAGUCGACCUGAUCAUUGUUCGCGAGCUCACCGGUGACGUCUACUUUGGCGAGCCGCGAGGCAUCGAAUUUAUUCCAGAGGGAAAUGGUGAGCGCGAAGCAUUCAACACCAUGCUGUAUCGCGAAUCGGAAAUCGAUCGCGUGGCCAAAGUCGCCUUUGAGUUGGCUAUGACUCGACCGCGACGGAAGCUCUGCUCCGUCGACAAGGCCAAUGUCUUGGAGACAAGCAUGUUGUGGCGCAGCAGAGUAAGUACCAUGGCUGCGUCGUAUCCGGAUGUGGAAUUUUCAAGCAUGUACGUGGACAACGCCGCUAUGCAGUUGGUGCGUUAUCCAAAACAGUUUGACGUCGUCCUUACGGGCAACAUGUUCGGUGACAUUCUUUCCGACGAGGCAAGCAUGAUUUCUGGUUCAUUGGGAAUGCUACCCAGCGCAAGCCUCGGGGACGGCACAUUCCCUGCCAUCUACGAACCCAUUCAUGGUUCUGCCCCGGACAUUGCUGGCCAGAAUAAGGCGAAUCCAAUGGCAUGUAUUUUGUCUGCGACGCUGAUGCUCCGCUACAGCCUCAAUCGACCCGACAUGGCCGAUGCGAUCGAGCUGGCGAUCACGAAUGUUCUGGAUCAGGGCUACCGAACUGCAGAUAUCAUGUCGGCCGGUAAGCGACUAUGCAACUGCUCGGAGAUAGGCGACAAAAUUCUGGAAGCGCUCCAGGAGAGCGCGGUAUCUCGAGUCGCUUGA